GAGUCCGGAUUCCGCUGCUGCCGGGCGGAACUGCGCAUGCGUAAUGCGCUUUUCUGGAGUUGAGUCUAAGAAGUUGCUAUUGCAGAUUUCUUUAGAUGCGUUCGGUCCAGCCGUGUGAGUUGAGCCGGUGCGUGGAACCGUACGAUCAGAUCUCGAGCGAAUAAGGAUAUGGAAUGGAUGCCAUAGUCAACCAAAACUGUGAUGGGAUCAGCCUGAUCAAAGUGAAGGAAGGAACCAAACUUGUGCUUGAAGCCUUUUUAAAGAGAUCAUUGAGCCACGAACAGGCUGAUAAUGUUGGGCACGUGGGACGCACUUACCACGACCCUAAAAAAUACAGCCACAGGUCCAAUCGAGAGGAGGUGAAGGAAGCGUCUUCAAAGAAACCCCAGAAAAGUGAGAAAAAAAAGUCAAGAGAACCUGCCAGAGGAAAAGAUGAGAGAAGCCAGAGCCCAGUUUUUGGUGGAACCUCGGCUCAGGAGGAAAAUAGCAACUGGAAUUCUCUUCAUGAAGAGAUCAACCGGGUGGAAGAGUCCAAGCACGGCUUCAAAACAAACUUCAAGAAGCUCCUGAGAAGACACAGUCAGUCGAAGGAGAAAGCAGCUAGCCUUAAAUACAAGGAGGGAAGCAUUCACAGCAAAUCCAGGGAGUCUCUAGACAAAGUGCUCGAUGACUCGAGUAAAAAUGGCAGCAAAAGAGAUUCCUUAAAGCGACCCAAAUCCCCCAACCCUUUACUCGCUUGUACUAUAGCUGGCUCUGUCGACUCUUUGGUGCUGGAGACCCAGAUGAAAACAGAGAUUCCAGACAAAGAUUUUCAAGGGGCAAAAAAGAAACAAAGCCGACCCUUUUCCAUUAAAAAUCUUUGGAAGAAAAAACAUAAAGAUCAUGGUUCAGGGACAGAUGUUCCGCAUGCGAGACCGAGCUUUCUGCCGCUGGACCCUUGCUACAAAAAAGAUGACCCACAUUCUCAUGCUCAGGAUAUGGGGAAAGUUGGCGAGGCUGAACUUUACAAUUUAGCUGCUAAGAAGUUGGACAAACUAGUGAAGCACCAGAGACUGAAGAGCCCAACAGCAACCACUGCACCUCUUCUCCCACCAAGUGCUGAAAUAAAUGAUCGGAAGCCACAGUUAAUUGAGAACAACAAUGUUGCAGCAAGCGAAGUCUCACAUAGUGAAAAUAAAGAGGAGGUGAUUCGCCAGUUGGUAGUGCUGCUUCAGGAGCAGGCGAAUGUUAUCAACGAUACGAUUAACAAUGAUCCCUUUCUGAGGAACACACUCAGCAGGAUGUCGUAUGGCAGCUUUUCCAAGUUAGCAGAGGUUUUUACCAGCCAGACUGAGGGACCGACUGAAGUAGCUGGAGUCCGUGUGAGCCCUGAACUGACCAAGAUUGCCCUCACUAUGGAGUUAACCAGGAAGGUUGCCGGAAUCAACAGCCAUGCUGUACACCAGCUGAUGGGCUAUAGUAUGGAAUACAUGGAUAUGUUUGUACCGUGGCUGCAGAAGCAGGGGGGCUGGGAGAACAUUAUUUCUCAAGAUGAUAUUGCUCAGAUCGAUUAACGCCAGAAACUAGUCUACCUCAGAACUGUCUACAGCACUUAAGGCGUGAAGCUAACUAUGACGGCUUUUUUUAAUAUAUUCAACUCUUCUGGGAACUACAGAAGCUAGAAGGCUGGACCUGUAGCACACAUGGUGCUGGUGGCACUUAGCUACUUGAAAGACAAAAGAAUGUUUGUACAACUUUAAGAAAAGCUCAGGGGAUGGAUUCUCAUCAAACUUUUUUUUUUUAUUGAAAUAUAUUUUAAAUACUUUUUAAUUUGUACUGAAACAUACAGACACUUAAAGGGGUUGUUCACCUUCAAGAUAACGGUUAGAGAGGAUAUUCUGAGAAAA